CAAAACACCCCUUCAAGUGCCAUUUCGUCGCAUUGGGUGCAUAAAUAAUGUGCAAUUUGCACUUCAGUAACCAUCAAAUGGUAAGCAAUUUGCACUUCAAUAGAGGGAGUUCGGGUUCCAACACACCACUCUAUAUCAGUCUCCCCCUCUUCUAUACCUCUCAACACCCCCGCAAUCAAAACCAAAACCAAAACCAAAUUAAAGCACUCGUAUAUCAUCGUCUUUUUUCAGGCAGCUGCGAUGCCUCACUCCUCUUCCAAGCCGUCCCCUCCGCUUCACCGCAUCGGCGGCAAGCCGGGGUCGAUGACCGCCACCGUCGGCGCCUCGGUGCGGUGCAUAGGCCAUGGCGUACCUGACGUGACUUCGCGACAACACGAGCACGCGGUUGGGGCCCACCAGUGCUGCUCGGCCCUGGUGCAGCACGUCGCGGCGCCGGUUGCCACAGUGUGGUCGGUGGUUCGGCGCUUCGACCAGCCGCAAGCCUACAAGCACUUCGUGAAGAGCUGCCACGUGAUCGACGGCGACGGCGACGUCGGGACGCUGCGGGAGGUCCGCGUCGUGUCCGGCCUGCCGGCGGCCACCAGCCGCGAGCGCCUGGAGAUCCUGGACGACGAACGUCACGUGCUCAGCUUCCGGGUGGUCGGCGGGGAGCACCGCCUCGCCAACUACCGUUCGGUGACCACCCUCCACCCGGAGGGGGACGACGGCACGGUGGUGGUGGAGUCGUACGUGGUGGACGUGCCGGCAGGGAAUACUAGGGAGGACACGCGCGUCUUCGUCGACACCAUCGUCCGUUGCAACCUCCAUUCGCUGGCGGGCACCGUCGAGAACCUGGCCAGGUGCCCGCGGGAAACAAAGUAAAUUGCUCUCCCAAGCCUCCCAUGGCUUCCACAACCACCACCACCACCACCACCACCGUCCCUCUUGCAUGCCCACUUGGAAGGAGACGACGGCAUUGCUGUGCUAUUUAUUAUUGCCGAGCUAAUCAAACAUUGGAAGACUUUGGAGAAACUCCUCCCAACUUGUUUCUAUUUCGUUUUUGUUUUUUGUUUUCCCUCUCCUUUUUAGUCACAGAAGAAGCCGUCGUGGAUGAAAUGCCUUAGCUUAGUUUGUUUAUACAAAAGCCGAAAAAGAUGUUGGUUGUAAUGCGCUACAAGUCUGGGCUUCUUUCUUAUCGUUCUGUUUUGUGGUCUUGAUCGGCGUAUGUGUUUCCCUGAGCAGUGGAUGAUGACGAGAACUGAGAAUGGGGGUUCACAGAGAUGGAUGAGAUGAGUGCUCGUUCGCACUAUUUAUUUUGUUUUGGUAUGAGAAGCAUCCUUGCAGCGCAAGGGACACCAGAUUGCCAUGGCGCAUUCGCUUGAAAGCGUGCAUCGAAGUCAUACCCGACAUCGAUCCUACUUCUUCAACUGCAGGGAACCGUCUCCGCUUUACAAGUUACAAGGACAUGAUGGAUGCCCCAUCAUGAAUUGGUUCAAAUCAUCAUAUCCGACGUGCACGAAUGGUCCCAAAAUGUCUUUCUGUAUAUCCUCACCGAACCCAUCGUGUACAUCC